CACAUAUGCACUCGCAUAUACACUGACAUAUAAAUCUACGAUAGAAGGGAGUCCAUAAUUGAUCAUUAAGAAGCUGUGUCUUUAGACAAUCAAGAUAGCUCAUUUGGCCCUAGAGAUGGCUGAUGAGCAGGAUCUCCUGCUGCCUAUUGCCAAUGUGGGUCGGAUCAUGAAGCAAAUCCCGCCACCAAGUGCCAAGAUUUCCAAAGAAGCCAAAGAAACAAUGCAAGAAUGUGUAUCUGAGUUCAUAAAGUUUGUUACUGGCGAAGCAUCUGAAAAGUGUCAAAGGGAGAACCGAAAGACCGUGAAUGGAGAUGACAUUUGUUGGGCACUGAGUGCUCUGGGAUUUGAUGACCAUGCUGAGGCUAUAGUAAGGUAUUUGCAUAAGUACAGGGAGUUUGAAAGAGAGAGACUAAAUCAAAGGGUCCAAAAUGAAGUCGAUAGCACUCGAACCAUAUCUGGAGCAUCAGACUAUAAAUGCAUCCAAGCGGGGAAGCAGACUGAAACUUCUACUCCACUAUUAUUGUUCGAAGUUACUGAUCAAAAUGGUAAUAGCUCUCUUACAAAGCCAUUUUGAGCAAUCUUUAUUAUGUAGUAUCAUGAUGAUAACAAUAAUGAUGGUGAUGCACAAGACCAUGAAAACUAGAGAGUUUGAGAUAUGGGUGUAAUCAGUCCAUAAAGAUUUAAAUCUCUGGAUUUGAAUUUUUUUUUUUUAAUGAAAUCAGUUGCCACUGUAGUUUGAGGUGAUUGUGUCUUUCUCUGCAACUAGGUUUUUUUUUUUCACAUUUCUUUCUUUCCUUCUUUCUUCUUCCUUGGAUGAAGGGGGAGGAAGAUCCGUACAAGAUGCAUGAAAUGUUUUUCUGUUUUGUCUUGUAACUUUUGUUUGUAUAUAUGUGGAGGGUAUUCCCAA